AUGCGCUUUAACAGCGUCUAUCUGUUUGCGACCGGCAUUCUUAACGCUACCUUUGGACAUACGCAAACGACCAAUUCCUCUGCGAGUGCCUUGAGGACCUGCACACUACUCCAAUCUAGCCUUGGUCCGGAGAUUGUACAACUUUCUGGGGCGGAGUAUCUCGCAAGCGCGUCAAAUUCUUGGAGUCUGUUCAACGCCGGAAACAAACCGACAUGCAUCAUCUUCCCUGAGGAAACGUCGCACGUGCAGGUCGCGAUGGCGUCCAUAUUUCGCGACAAGAUACACUACGCCGUCCAGGCAGGCGGACAUACUGCAAUGACGGGAUGGAAUACGGUACAAGACGGAAUUCUUUUCUUCUUUUCUCACAUGAAAAAUGUUUCAUAUGACGCUACGAAGGAUACUAUCACCUUGCAACCAGGAAUCCAUUGGGGAGAAGCAUUGACUGCCCUUGAACCUCUUGGGGUUGCACCUCUGGGCGGUAGGCUUGGUGAUGUCGGAACAGGUCUUCUCCUCGGCGGAGGACUUAGCUAUCUCUCUGGAGAGUAUGGCUUCUCAUCCGAUGCCUACGUCGAACUUGAUGUCGUUCUGGUUACCGGACAGCUUGUAACGGCUAAUGCAACAAACGAAUUCUCCGACCUCUUCCGCGCGCUAAAAGGCGGAGCGAACCGCUUUGGAAUUGUGACCAGAUAUGAGGUGCAAGCCAUACAUACAGGAACCAACGACGAUAAAAAUUGGUUCGGCGGUCUCAUUCUGUACCCAAAUUCUUCUGCAGAGGCGCUUAUCAACGCCACACAUCGAUACGUCACCACUGUCAACGAUCCUCGAGCAUCCAUCCUUAUGGCAUUUUCCAGUACCAUAAACGGCACUGAUAUCGUUCCCAGCCACAUUUUGACGUUGUUUUUCAGAGGGUCGGCUCUACCCCCCGCCAUUUUCGGAGAGUUCUUGUCUAUUCCAUCGACCUUUCAGCAGCUAUCUGCGGUCAGCUACUUGGAAGCAAAUAAUAUUCUGGGUGAUGGCUCUGAUCGUGGUUUCGGGCAACUUUUCGGUGCUUCUGUGUUCAACGGCACGGUUGAUCAAUACAUGAACGCUUUCCGGGCCUGGAGCGAGUACACUGCUUCUAUUAAGGAUUCUUUGUUUGGGACAGUGCUUGCAUUCACCCCCAUUCAGAAGUCGCAGAUAUUGGCGGGAAGAGCGCGUGGCUCAAACAUCAUGGAUCCACCAUUGGAAAACUAUGCAGCCGUGCAAAUUCAAACUCAAACUCAGAGCGGGCUACUUAGACUCUCAGCCGAGGUCGACUCUGCAAGGCAAACGCUUUUCAAUAGUAUUCCUCCAUCUCCAGGGUUGCCUCUGUAUAUCAAUGAGUGCGACGCACAACAGAACGUUUUUGCCACUUAUGGGAGGUAUAACGAGCUGAGGAAUACCUAUGCAAAAUACGAUCCGACUCGAUUUAACGUGGGUUAUACCGAAGGUCCAAUCGGUCUAUAA